CAUGCCUUUAUUUAGGCACACAGGCCGCCGAUUUGUUUGUUUUAACAAAAUUGGGUUUUUACCAACUGCCGCAGGAUGUCGGAGGUCCGCAUUCGUCCGCGCCAGGUCCUCAUCCUGAUCAUCGUCUUCCUCGUGGUGCUGAUGAUGGUACACCGAAACGGGAAGCGCACAUGCCAAGGCCCAGAAUACCUUCAGGCCAUGUUCGUCCAGGCGGACACGUUACCCACGAUUUACGCCGUAACGCCAACGUAUCCACGGCCCGCCCAAAAGGCAGAGCUAACCAGACUAUCUCACCUAUUUAUGCUGUUGCCGCACCUGCACUGGAUUAUUGUGGAGGAUACGAACGCUACCACCUCGCUGGUCAGAAACCUUUUGGAUAGAGCCGGCUUGGAGAAGCGUUCCACGUUGCUAAACAUCAAGACUCCAUCCGAGUUCAAGCUGAAGGGCAAGGACCCCAACUGGAUUAAGCCACGCGGCGUGGAGCAGAGAAAUCUGGCUUUGGCCUGGUUAAGAAGCCAUGUCGACGACGAUCGGCAUUCCAUAGUAUUCUUCAUGGACGAUGACAACUCCUAUUCCACGGAACUGUUCGCCGAGAUGAGCAAAAUCGGAAGGGGUCGCGUGGGCGUUUGGCCGGUGGGUUUGGUAGGCGGUCUGAUGGUGGAGAGACCCCUGCUCACUGAGGACGGCACCAAGGUUACCGGAUUCAAUGCCGCUUGGCGACCGGAAAGACCAUUCCCCAUCGACAUGGCCGCCUUCGCCAUUAGCAUGGAUCUCUUCAUCCGGAAUCCGCAGGCCACGUUCUCGUACGAGGUGCAGAGAGGAUAUCAGGAGAGCGAGAUUCUAAGGCAUCUGACCACCAGGGAUCAGCUUCAGCCACUGGCCAACAAGUGCACAGAUGUGCUCGUCUGGCACACGCGCACUGAGAAGACCAAACUAGCCGCCGAGGAGGCGCUCUUGAAGAAGGGCCAGCGGUCCGAUGGCGGCAUGGAGGUCUAACGCACGGGGCCCAAUUGUAUAUAUAGCAAACUAUCAUCCUAGUGAAUUAACUUACUGUGUUCCGUCUCCCUAAACUUUAACUGUUUCCUCAUAGUCUAGCCCCAAUUUAUUUAACAUUUUUUACCUCAUUUUAUUCUUCAUAUUCUAUAAAAAUAUGGUGUAGGCAAAUUUUUAUGAUUUUAGUUCAGACAUUUUCAGAAGCACUGUCAUAAAAUCACAUAUAUUGACGGCAUUAGACUUCAAAUUAAAUGAGAUUUAUUACGUCUUAGUUAUGAAAACACUACUAGUUGUACAAUGCUCAAAUCAAAGUUGUAACAUAUCUCUGCGCGAAGGUUAUUUUUAUACUUUGAAAAGAAUAGCCCAAAAUGAAUUAAUUCUCUAAUCUAUAAGAACGCUUUAAGUUGUCCCAUUAUAUUGUAUAUACACCAAAAGGUAUCGCAAAACUUUAGAAGAUCGUUAGAAAUAUAAGCUUCAAUUGUGUGCCUCCCAAUUAACGCAAAUAAAAUUGAUAGCUACUAUCAAUACCUAUUUCAAAAA